GACGAGGCGGCGAAGAGCGCAAUGGGACUCAUGAAGCACGCCAUCAUUGCCUUAGCGGCCACCACGGCCACCGCGUUCGUCGCACGGACGGCGCCCGUGCGCGCGCAUGUCCUCCGCGCCGAAGAGGGCGUCGCCGCCGAGCCCGUCGUCGCGGAGGUCGCCGAGGAGAAGCCGAAGCGCGCGGACAAGUCCAAGGCGACGCCGCUCGCUGACCUCGUCGAGGGCAACGAGUACGCUGGUAAAAUCACGGGCCUCGCCGCUUACGGCGCGUUCGUCGACAUCGGCGCCCAGUCCGACGGCCUCGUGCACAUCUCGGAGCUCUCGGCGAGCUACGUCGACGACGUCGCGUCCGUCGUCAAGGAGGGCGACGACGUCACGGUGCGCAUCCUCAAGAUCGACAGCGGCAAGAAGCAGCUGUCGCUCUCCAUGAAGCCCGAGGGCGCCGAGGCGCCCCCGAAGAAGCGCGGCGGCGGCGGGCGCCAGAAGAAGGCGGGCGCCGAGGAGCUCCGCAAGUACCAGGACGCGGACCCCGCCGAGUUCAUCUCCGGCACCGUGCGCACGGUCCUCGAGUGGGGCGCCUUCGUGAACAUCGCCCCGGGCGUCGACGGCCUCGUGCACAUCUCGCGCGUCUCCGACAGCCGCGUCGAGGACCUCCAGGCCGAGCUCUCCGUCGGCGACGAGGUCAAGGUGCGCAUCAUCGACGUCGACCUCGACAAGGCCACGCUGGGCCUCGCCAUGAACACGUACCGCGACCCCACGGCGCCGCCGCGGCCGGGCCGCGACGACGCGGGCGGCGAGUCCGCCGCCGCGCGCCGCGCGCGGAACCCCGACGCCGCGGGCGGCGGCCAGCGCAAGCCGCGCCGCAUGGACCCGGGAGACGACAUCUGGGAGAACAAGGACUCCUUCAACUGGAAGGACGUGCUCGCGGAGGCCGACGUCGGCGACGCCGACGACAUGUCGUCGGGCUUCUCCGUCGACCUCGAGACGGGCAAGCUCACGCUCCAAUAGGCGCGGUGCAAGUGCUGCUUCGCUCCAGCGAGAAAAAAACACGUCCCCCGAAGCGCCGGCGCCGGCCGGCGCGAGCCCCGAUCGCGCGGCUCUUCCCCUCUCGGUAAAUCCCGCACCGCG